AUGUCAAUAAGGCAAAGAAAAUGCUCUCAACUAUAUCAGUCGGAGGUUGAUCGGAGAAUAAAUUCGUUAUUCUAUAAUUUAGAAGCCUUGUUUAGUGUUGAUCUUUGUAGUCCAGAAACUCUGCCAUUAUAUGCUUUCUCACAAGAUUAUGUCGAUAUCAAAGAUCGAUUCAUUGAAGCUCUUGAUAGCAAGGCCAGCGUUUACAGGUCGCCUAGCAAGUGCUGCUCGGUACCGAGCGAUACUAGUACUCAGUACUACUCGGUACUCGGUACCUCUCGGUACUUGUUGAGUGAUACUAGAACUCAGUACUGCUCGGUACCAGAACUCGGUACCAAAACUCGGUACUGCUCGGUACAGAGGGGUACCGAAUGGUACCAAGCAGUGCCGAGAAGGAUGCUGGUAAAUUCAUUGCCAUUUUCUUCUAACUGUCAAACUGCCUUAUGUGCUCUCCCAUCUGCUAUUGUUUCAACUUCAACAAAUUUGAUUCUAGUUCAAUGGAAUCCAUCAUACAGAAUUACAUCGCAGAUCAAAUUUCCCUCAAAGGAAAGAUGUCUUUGCUCUGAGUUAUCAGUUAGAACAUACAAACUACUAGCAACUAAUCAAGCACAGACCACCAUAGAAGAAGAUAAGGAUAGUAAUCUGUGGGAAGAAAGUAAACAAUCACUCUAUGCGUUCAAUUUCACCACAGAAGAAGCCGAUCGGAUACUCAAGAAAGCUUUUGGCUGGAUUCAUUCACCUUAUUGGGGCGAAGAACGAAGAAAAGAAACUCCUAAAUUAGAUUCAAUAAAAGAGAUGUUGGAUUACUUGAAGAGUUUAAGCCUUUCUGAUGAUGAUCUCCACAAGAUACUGAAGAAGUUUCCUGAGGUGCUGGGCUGUUGUCUUAAUGAAGAGUUGAAGGUCAAUGUUCAGACAUUAGAAAGGGAAUGGGGAAUCAAAGGAAAAACACUUAGAAAUCUUCUUCUUCGCAAUCCUAAGGUGUUAGGAUAUAAUGUGGACUGCAAAGGUGAUUGCAUGGCUAAAUGUACUAGAUGUUGGGUUCGGUUUUAGUAAAUUUAUCUGCAGAUUGUGUAGAAGAUAUUAGUUCUUACAUCAAAAGGUCUCAGAUUAGCUGGUCAGUAAAGCAGAUUUUAUUCAUAAUGUAAGUUCAUAUUAUAGAAAGGUUCUAUAUUAUCGUUUCUUUUGUAUGAGUAUAACUUAAAAGAGUGGAAAUUCAUGUUAGUUUUGAGUAAAUAUGAUGCAAAUCUGGAAGUCCAUAUUCAUCAGAAA